AUGAUGAAUUUUCCGCACCGGCGAUACAAUCCGUUGUUGGAUCAGUGGAUCAUAGUGUCACCGCAAAGACUGCAACGACCCUGGCUAGGGGGCACGGAGUCUGCGAAGAAAAUGCCCUCAGACGGCGCUGUUCUCGAUUUGUUGGCUGCCGGUGCGAUCAGGAGUUCUGGCAAGCGGAACGAGAACUACGAACAGACGUUCGUUUUCGAGAACGACUUUCCGGCAUUAGGUGGUUGUCCAGCGGACUGGAGAUUCGACGAUGACCAUCCGCUGUUCCGGACAUCGCACAGCAAAGGCGUUUGCAAGGUGAUGUGUUUUCAUCGCAGUUGCCAGUCUCAAAUGGCAUUGAUGUCUGACGCGGAACUGCUAAACGUCGUCGAAUGUUGGAUGAACGAGCAAAGGCAGCUGGAGGCAGCGUUCCAAUGGGUGCAGAUUUUUGAGAACAAGGGCGAAAUCAUGGGCUGCAGUAAUCCCCAUCCGCACUGCCAAAUUUGGGCCUAUCGCGGAGUCUCGAUGCUCGAAGACUAUGUUUUUCAGGAAAUUCAGCGAAAAGAAAGAAUCGUUGUCGAAAAUAGUCACUGGCUUUGCUUGGUGCCGUUUUGGGCGGUUUGGCCGUACGAAACCAUGCUUUUGCCAAAAAGGCACGUGUUGAGGCUUUCGGAGUUGUUACCGGAAGAAGUGACGGCCUUAUCGAAAAUCAUUAGAACCCUUUUGAUCAAAUAUGACAAUUUGUUUUCCUGCUCGUUCCCGUACAGCAUGGCUUGGUACUCUGCCCCUGCAGGAGACUUCCUCAAGGAAGACUUGGCCCAUUGGUACCUGCACGCAGUUUAUUUGCCUCCGUUGGUUCGAUCCGCCACGGUAAAAAAGUUUAUGGCCGGCUUUGAAAUGGUGUGUGAGCCCCAAAGAGACUUAACGCCCGAAAACGCAGCCAAAGUUCUUCGAAGUUUGCCAGUCGAGCAUUACACGAUUUCCUCGUCAGACAAGCAAAACGAUGGUGACAUCUAA